CGCUGUUUGAAGGCACUUUCACGGGUGGUUGUAGUAGCUUCCGCCUGGCACUUCUGCCAUAUUGCCACCUAGGAGUUUUUGCCUACAGACGCACGGACAGAGUCCUGCAAAAGCAGCUGCCACUGCCACCAUGAUCCACAGCUUGUUCCUGGUGAACGGUGCGGGCGACAUCUUCUUGGAGAAGCACUGGAAGAGCGUGGUGGGACGCUCAGUGUGCGACUACUUCUUCGAGGCGCAGAGCAAGGCCGGGGAGGACCCCGAGAACGUGCCGCCCGUCAUCAGCACGCCACACCACUACCUCAUCAACGUCUACCGCCACAAGAUCUUCUUCCUGGCCGUCAUCCAGACCGAGGUGCCGCCACUCUUCGUCAUCGAGUUCCUGCACCGCGUGGCCGAGACCUUUCAGGACUACUUUGGAGAGUGUUCUGAGGCGACCAUAAAGGAUAACGUUGUGAUCGUGUACGAGCUGUUGGAGGAGAUGCUGGAUAAUGGCUUCCCAUUGGCUACUGAGUCCAACAUCCUCAAAGAGCUCAUUAAACCACCCACCAUACUGCGCUCCAUGGUCAACACCAUCACAGGCAGCAGUAAUGUGGGUGACACCCUGCCCACUGGUCAGCUGUCCACGAUCCCAUGGCGGCGCGCGGGGGUCAAGUACACCAAUAACGAAGCCUACUUUGAUGCCAUAGAGGAGAUAGAUGCCAUCAUAGACAAAUCAGGUUCGACGGUCUGUGCUGAGAUCCAGGGAGUGAUUGAUGCAUGUGUGAAGCUCACAGGAAUGCCAGAUCUCACACUCUCAUUCAUGAAUCCACGUCUCCUUGACGACGUGAGCUUCCACCCGUGCGUGCGCUUCAAGAGGUGGGAGUCAGAGAAGGUCCUCUCCUUCAUCCCCCCCGAUGGCAACUUCCGGCUCAUGUCCUACCACGUCAGUGCACAGAACCUGGUGGCCAUCCCCAUCUACGUGAAGCAGAACAUCAGUUUCUUUGAGAGCGGCUCGUCCGGGCGCCUGGACAUCACGCUGGGCCCCAAGCAGACCAUGGGCAAGCAGGUGGAGGGCCUCACCGUCACCAUGAACAUGCCCCGCGUACUGCUCUCCGUCAACCUCACCGCCACCCAGGGCACACAUAAGUUCGACCCCGUCACCAAGAUCCUGGUGUGGGACGUGGGCAAGCUGAACCCCCAGAAGCUCCCCAACCUAAAGGGCAGUCUGAGUGUUCAGUCGGGAGCCCCCAAACCAGAGGAGAACCCCACCCUCAAUAUCCAGUUCAAGAUCCAGCAGCUCGCCAUUUCAGGUCUGAAGGUGAGCAGGCUGGACAUGUAUGGAGAGAAGUACAAGCCCUUCAAAGGAGUCAAGUACCUCACCAAAGCAGGACGCUUCCAGGUGCGGACGUGAGGGAGCAGAGGAGAGGAAGAUUGAGGAAGAGGACGAGAGGAGAGGAGAGGAGUAGGAGCGGAAGUGGAGGAAAUGGGAAGAGAUUACACGAGAGGAGGAGUAAGGGGCGGAGUGGAGAGAAGGUGGGGAGAGAGAGGAGAGGAGGAGGAACAGGAGGAGUGGAGAGGCAGAUGGAAGAAGAGGAGGAGAGAGGAUGACGUGGCGGUGGUUGAGGCGCCGUGCCAAAAGCGUCAUCUUGGUUCGACCGCCAUCAGGGGAAUCAAUCCCGGGUUCAGACGGUGUAAAAAGCCCUGCCACAGAUUUGAUCUAACCAGAUCUAGUAAGUGAAGAAUUCUUGCACACGUCCGUGGUCAGGUGCGUAGGAGUGGAACCCCUCUGGUUAGAUAAAGCAAGGAAAGCCCCCGCACACUGAGUUGCUUCAGUGCGGUCAGUAGACCGAAACGUCACAGUAAACCAUGCAAAUGUGAACAGUGUGCGGGAGCUUUCUUUGCUUUAUCCAACCAGAUCUAACCAAUUUUGAAUCAGCUGGUCAUUAUGAGUACCCAAGACAGGUAGACCAGCUACUACCAGUUCUAUCACCUUUAUUGGAAGGAAAAUGUGGCAGUGCUUUUAACUUUCUGAGCCCACACUUGUUGACGUGUCUCGUCUGGCAACCGUUUUCCUGCCGCCAAUUUGACUGUGCUCCGUCUCCACGAUGUCUUGUUGUCUUAUUUGCGGAAGAUGUAUUUAAGCCUUACCCAUAUUAUUGUUUACACUACACACACAUGAAUUCUCACCACCAUUGUUUGAUUGUCGUGCAAAAACAGAGGAGGUAGCGGCGGGGGGAAAAAAGUUGAUUUUCUUUGGUUUGAAAGGGAAAAUGGCCUUCUGUGCAUUUAAAAAAAAAAAUUUACGCAGAUGUCACUCAUAACUGCAAAAAAACAAGGAUUGCACCAUGUAAUUUUGUAUUUAAUUAGUUAGUAAUAGGGGUCUUUUUAGUUUUAGAGAUAUAUGGGAUCCACAUUAGGUAGGUAGUCAUUCAAUGUUGCCAUUGCUUGGUGGGCCACAAUGGUGCCAUCGCUUGGUGGGCCACAAUGGUGCCAUCGCUUGGUGGGCCACAUUAGGUAGUCAUUCACAGUGUUGCCAUUCCUUGCACCACCAGUAUUGCUUCCUCUUGCUGCCCCCAUUCAAAUCAUUGCCUGAAGAAUCUGUAAUGUAGUGUGUGCGUGUGCGUGUGCGUGUGUGUGUUGCUUCUGUACUCAAACGCCAAUGUUACAGACUUUGAAGGACUACAAAAGCACACGUGUUUGUGUGUGUGUGUGUGUGAGAGGGAGAGAGCGUGUUCACUGAAUCCAUGGACCUGAAGCAUGAAAGGUGUGUGUGUGUGUGUGUGUGUGUGUGUGUGUGUGUGUGUGUGUGUGUGUGUGUGUGUGUGUGUGUGUGUGUGUGUGUGUGUGUGUGUGUGUGUGUGUGUGUGUGUGUGUGUGUGUGUGUGUGAUAUAUGUAGGCACUCCAGCUAUACCCAGAGCCCUCUUUCUUAAAGGUGUAGAGUAGUGUGUGUGCGUGGGUAUGAAAGCCAUAAUCAGAUCCCUCUGUCUUUAAGGUGUGUGUGUGCGCGUGUGCGUGCGUGAUCACCGGUUUCCAUCACUCAGUAGUGUCUGCACAGGUGUGUGUGUCUGUGUGUGUGUGCGUGCAUGCGCGUGUGUGCGUGCAUGCAGUUGCGUGUGUGUGUGUGUGUGUGUAUGCAUGAAAACGACUGUCCAUCAUUCAGUAAUGCAUAGGUGUGUGUGUGUGUGUGUCUCUGUGUGUCUCUGUGUGUCUCUGUGUGUGUCUGUGUGUGUGUGUGUGUGCGUGUGCGUGUGCGUGUGUGUCUGUUACAGUCUGCAUGAGGGAUGUUUGGCAGGCUUUAGGACCCAGCAGACUCUCCCGCUUCUGGGUAUCUAAUCAGCCCUUAGCCUCGAGCCACAGCACACUGCCUGAGCCUGUGCGUGUGUGUGUGUGUGCGUGCGUGUGUCUACGUGUGUGUGUGUGUGCGUGCGUGUGUGCGUGUGUGUCCAUAUGCGGCACUCCAGUCUCUGGCCCCAUCUGCUGAUAGAUGAAGGGUGUGUUGCGCUUAACUUGCCUUGGAACCACCCAGCUUGUGUGUGUGUGUGUGUGUGUGUGUGUGUG